AUGUCCGAAAAAAUCACCACCCCCUUCUUAAAACUCUGCCGCCACCUCUCCCCCAAGGUCAGAAAUGUCCAAAAUGGGACGGCCGAGAAAUCCAUCCCUCCUGAGAGUCUAAUCGUUGUUCUACAUGAUGGUGGAAGAGUCGGCGACGUUAUUCGAAGGGAACUUCAAGACAUCAGCGAGGAGAAAAUACUGUCGAUAGCCAAGAGAAUCAAAAGACUACUCGACGUUUGCCUCGUGUCCAUGGCCUGGAUCAUGUUUGCUUUGAAUUCUUUCGACCGAAGCAGUCUCGGGAAUGCAAAAGUCAUGGGCUUGCAGAAGGAUUUGGACAUGAACUCAAAUCAGUAUGGCCUCGCUAUGAUGCUUCUUUUUAUUGCAUAUGUCAUGGCACAAGUUCCUUCGAACUACUACCUGGCAGAGGGACGCCCUUCAAUCUAUCUCCCGGCGGUGAUGGCCCUUUGGGGAUGUGUGUGCACGGCCACUGCUUUUGUGACGACUCCGUCACAACUAUCUGUAGUGCGUUUCUUUCUGGGUCUCUUGGAGGCGCCUUUCUGCGUCGGUUGCCUUUUCCUCAUCUCAUCCUGGUACACAAGGACUGAGCUUGGAUUACGCAGUGCCAUACUUCUGACGGCGCCGAUGACGGCCAACGCCUUCUCUGGCCUUAUCGCUUUUGGUAUUUACGACACAAUCGACGGAGCACGGGGCCUCGAGGCGUGGCGUUGGUUGUUCAUUGUGGGUGGUGUUUGCACAGUUUUCGUUGCCUGCGCCAGCUUUUACGUCCUUCCAGAUUUUCCAUCCAACACCCGCUACCUCUCCGAGAAAGAGAUCGCAGUUGCUCAACUGCGAAUGAUUGCCAACGGUGUUCAGGAUGAUAAAAGCGAUUAUGGCCGUUGGCGCGGCCUCGUGAUGGCUGUAAGCCGCUGGCAAGUCUGGGUUUUCACAGGGAUGUUCCUGCUUUUGGCGAUUGGUGCGUCGGUGCACAACUUCCUCCCCUCGGUCGUAAAGACCCUUGGAUUUUCUCGGAAUACGACCCUGUGGAUGACAGCUCCUCCAUAUCUCAUUGGAGUUGUCGUCACCAUUGCCAACAGUCUGUGCGCCGACCGGCAUCGCAACGCUUGCCCUCACGUUGUUGCGCCGGCCGCACUAGCAAUGCUCGGUUUCUUACUCUUCUUGCUCGACCAGUCGUCCACACGAAGUGGUGUGGGGGUUCGCUACACUGCUGCUUUUCUCAUGAUUGUUGGGGGACAUUCUGGAUAUCCGGUUGUUCUCUCCUGGGCGCAGAAGACGAUACGAGGUCCCAAAGAGAUGCGAGCCUGUGCUAUUGCCAUCAUCAAUGCAUCCGGAAGUAUAUCACAGGUGAGUCGAAAUAAAUCUACUACCGAUCUGUUCGCACAAGGAGAAAUUGCGAGAAAUUCACAGCGAAGACCCUCUAUCCAAGGUCAAGGUCCCGGUGUCCAUCUCUAUACUCCUCUUUGCAUUCCUCAUCGCCACAUCCGAACUGUAUCCAAACCGAUGGGCGCCAAGGUAUACACCAUCGAUGUCCUUGAAUACCACGCGCGCACUGGUAGCGAUUUUACUUGCGAUCUUCAUGCGCCGUCAAACCCGUGCCUCAAGUUCCGUUCCGACGCAAAACCUGUCGAGUUUUUUGACGAGAUCGGCGGCUGGAGGGCAAACCCACUAUUGAUUUCGUUUCCGGUCUUUUGA